AUGGGGCUGGUGCGGCUGGGCCUGGAAGGGGAGGGCCGCCUUGCAAGCUGGAAGAUGCGGCUGUCGGGGCUCUCCAUGCACUCUUGUCGGGUGCACCUGCUCGCUGCAGUUACGGUCUCUGAUACUCCUCCAUGGGGAGGCGGCAGCUGCUGCAGCUGGCUCUGCUCCAUGCAGCCUGGGGACUGGGGAGCGGCCAGCUCCGAUUCUGUGCCGGAGGAGUCCCAGCACGGCGCCUUCGUGGGCCGCGUCGCCCAGGACCUGGGGCUGGAGAUGGGGGAGCUGGUGCCGCGGAUGCUCCGGAUGGAGUCUGAGGAUCACAGGGACUAUUUUCAGGUAAAUGAGCAGAAUGGGAUCCUCUUUGUGAAUUCCCGGAUAGACCGGGAGGAGCUGUGUGUGAAGAGCCCUGUCUGUAUCGUUCAUCUAGAAGUGAUUGUGGAUAAACCUUUGAGGGUGUUCCACGUGGAGGUGGAAAUCAAGGACAUAAAUGACAAUGCCCCCAUUUUCCCAGCAAGUCAGCAGCAUCUGAGUGUUGCAGAAUCCAUGCUGCCUGGUACACGCUUCCCUCUGAAGGGAGCCUCUGAUGCAGAUGUUGGUUCUAAUGCUCAGCUCAAAUACAAGCUUAGUUCUACAGAAUAUUUUGUUGUUGAAGAAAAAAUAAAUGACCAACACAGUGGAUUGCUAGGGCUUGUUUUAAGUAAAAGUCUGGACAGAGAAAAAAUAUCAGUGCACCAAUUAUUUCUUACUGCUACCGAUGAGGGUCAACCAAAACUCACCAGCACGGUCCAUCUGGAGAUCACUGUGAUGGAUGCAAAUGAUAACGCACCCCUUUUUGACCAGUCUGUUUAUAAGGUGAAAUUACUGGAGAAUGUGCUGGAAGGAACUUUGAUUAUUACUCUCAACGCAACUGACAAAGAUGAGGGAACGAAUAAAGAAAUCUCCUACUCUUUCAGUAAUGACAUUCUUUCCGAUACGUUCAGCAUAGAUUCUGAUACAGGUGAGAUAAGGGUGAAAGGGAAAAUGGAUUUUGAAGAUAUUGAUGCUUAUAAUAUAGAAGUUGAGGCAAAGGACAAUGGGAGCCCGCCGUUGUCCGGUCACUGCACGAUCCUUAUUGAAAUACUGGACGUCAAUGACAACGCCCCUGAGAUGUCCUUGAAAGCCAUGUUGCUCCCGGUGCCAGAGGACUCCCCGCUGGGGUCAGUGGUGGCCCUGGUCAGCCUCUCAGACCAGGACUCUGGAUCCAACGGGCAGGUGAGCUGCUCCCUCUGGCCACUGGGACUUCCCUUCAAGCUGGUGUCCACCUUCAAAAAUUACUAUUCCUUGGUGCUGGCUGAGCCUGUGGAUCGUGAGCAGGUGGCUGAAUUUGGGCUGGCCAUUGUGGCCCAGGACCAAGGCUCUCCAUCGCUUUCUACAAGCAGCUCUCUGCUGGUGCCCAUCAGCGACGUCAACGACAACGCCCCGGCCUUUGCCCAGCCCUCCUACGCGGUCUUCGUGCGGGAGAACAACCCGCCCGGCGCCCACAUCUUCACGGUGUCCGCCUCGGACCCGGACCUGGCCGAGAACGCCCUGCUCAGCUACUGGAUGGACGAGAAGCUCUGGCCGCUGGCCAGCUACGUCUCGGUGCACUCGGAGAGCGGGAAGCUCUAUGCCCUGCAGUCCCUGGACUACGAGGAGCUGAAGCUGCUGGAGUUCCAGGUGAGCGCCAGGGACGCCGGGCUGCCCUCCCUGUGCAGCAACGUGACCAUCCAGGUCUUCGUGGUGGAUGAGAACGACAACCUGCCAGCUGUGACUGGGCCAAAGGAGGAGCCCCUUCUGCUGGUGCUUCCUGUCCUGGCGGGGCACACGGUGGGCAAGGUCCGUGCCCUGGAUGCAGAUGAUGGCUACAAUGCGUGGCUGUGCUAUGAGCUUCAUGAGCCGAGCCUGGGCCCUUGGCAAGUGGGCCUCUACAGCGGAGAGGUCAGCACCAGGCGGGCCCUGGAGGAGGCCGAGGGCGGCAGCAGCCAGACCCUGCUCGUCCUGGUGAAGGACCACGGGGUGCCCCCCCAGUCGGCCACAGCCACCCUGAGCAUCUCCCUGGUGGUGAACCCCCAGGUGGUCCACCCUGACGCCCACCUUACCCGACGGGGAGGCAGUCCUGGAGCAGAAGUGGACCGUGUCGGUGUCUACCUGAUUGUCGCCAUCUGCUCGGUCUCCGCUCUGUUCCUGCUUGUGGUGCUUGUGUACGCUGCUCAGCGGUGCCAGAGCCAGGCCAAGGAGCCCGCGGCAUAUGGCCCCGGCACCGCCACGCUGGUGUGUGCCAGCGAGGUGGGCAGCUGGUCUUACUCCAACCGCCACAGCCACCUCCUGGCCGGGGUGAGUGGCGAGGCCGGAGCCAAGAGCGACCUCAUGGUGUUCAGCCCCAAUGUGCCUGCCUUUGGCCCAGAGAACGGGGGUGCGACAAAUGUGGUGGCACUAGUCCCUGGUGCAUCUGGACAGGUCAAUAUCAUGAAGCAGAUGAAGCUACCACAUCCACUCCACAAGCAGCAGUCUAGAAGGUCUAGGCAAGUCCAGUUCUUCCGCCAGGCCUGGUCUGCAGGGCUCCCAGAGGCGCCCUCUGCUGGGUGUGUUGAAAAUGACAACUGA